GGGACGAGAGUCUGCAUGACAUCAUUUUCUCAAUAAACGCUCAGCCACAGUCAGCUACGAAGUACACACCAUUUUUCCUAAUGUUUGGUCGGGAAGCCCACACACUUUUGGAGAUCAAAGGUGUGGACUCUGACACUGACAUCAUAGAAGAUGGCAAGCUUGAGGAAUUUGUAGAAGACCAUGCAACCACCUACGAAAAGGCAUAUGAAAAGGCUCAGAUCAACCAAACAAAAGCACAUGCCAAGGCAAAAAAGGCAUACGAAAAGAAAAAAUCCAAGGGGGUCAAAAGCUUUGCACUGCAUGUGGGCCAGCUUGUGCUGAAACGCCAGGCAGCCAACAUUGCACGCAAAGGUGGACAGUGUGAUCCACUGUGGACUGGCCCAUUUAGGAUUUUGGAAAUAACAGAAAGGGACACAGUAAAGCUGGCUCACGUCAAGAUUGGACACGAUGAUGUUCCCCUGGCACAGAUGGUGGCUUACGAUCAGCUUAUGCCUGAAUUAUACCAAAAAAGACAAGGCAUUUCCAUCCCUGUGCCAGUUACUGCUCCUCCUAAGCCAGGGGACACAAGGCAUCCAGACAGGGAGGAAGACAUAAUUCUGAUUGGAACCAGGGCCAAGGCUGAAAGAGAAGCCGUGUAUCUGCCCCCCGUGCCAGCUAGUCGCCAAGAUCCACAAAUAGAGGCAAUGAUUCAGACUUUUGAAGAGAAAAGGUGGCUCACUGAUGACCACAUGAAUCACUGCCAGGCCCUCCUCAAACAUCAGUUUUCCGAGCUGCACAAUAUUUGA